AUGAGGACGACAGCGAUUUUCUGCAUGCUGUACGCGUUCCUGCACGGUGUCGCGGCCUUCUACCUGCCCGGCCUGGCGCCCGUGAAUUAUUGCAAGGCCGGCGAGACCACGUCAACCUGCAAGUCUGACAUUAAACUAUAUGUGAACCGUUUAAACACGGAGAAAUAUGUCAUACCUUAUGAAUAUAGUCACUUCGACUUUUGCACAGUGGAGGAUGGACAGUCCCCAGUUGAGAACUUGGGACAGGUUGUGUUUGGGGAACGUAUACGCCCAUCUCCAUAUAAGUUGAACUUCAUGAAAGAUGUCAAGUGUGCUACUGUUUGUAUAAAACAGUACACAGGAGGUGACGAAUAUUCAGAGAAGAAAUUACAAUUAUUGAGAAAAGGAAUAGCAGUCAAUUAUCAACAUCAUUGGAUAGUUGAUAAUAUGCCUGUGACAUGGUGUUAUCAGCUUGAGGAUGAGCGACAAUAUUGUAGCACCGGCUUCCCUAUGGGUUGUUAUUCAAAAGAAUCUAGAUCUCUGCAAGAUACUUGUACUAUUCAUGGUCCGUACAACAAACCAAAAACUUUUUAUCUGUUCAAUCAUGUGAAUCUUACUAUAACUUAUCACAGUGGUGCUUCAGAAGAAUGGGGAUCAUCUUUUAAGGAAAAUGGUGGUCGUAUCAUAUCUGUAAAAGUAGUGCCUCACAGUAUUAAGCAUACUGGUCCAGUUGAUUGUGAAAGUCAAAUACCAUUAGAGAUACCAAUCAAUGAGCUCUCGGCUGGACAAACGUUCCAAGUGACAUAUACAUAUUCUGUUAAAUUUGUAAAAAAUAACACAAUCAAAUGGUCAUCCAGAUGGGAUUACAUCUUGGAAUCAAUGCCACAUUCGAAUAUACAGUGGUUUAGUAUUCUUAACUCGCUAAUAAUCGUAUUAUUCCUCUCUGGGAUGGUAGCUAUGAUAAUGCUUCGCACUCUGCACAAAGACAUCGCACGUUAUAACCAGGCCUACUUCCAGAUAGAAUCAGGAGAAGAUGCACAAGAAGAGUUCGGAUGGAAAUUGGUACACGGUGAUGUGUUCCGUCCUCCGCGUAAAGGCAUGUUGCUUUCAGUCCUACUGGGAUCCGGUGUUCAAGUGUUUUUCAUGACGUUAGUUACACUAGCGUUCGCUUGUCUGGGUUUUCUUUCGCCUGCUAAUAGAGGCGCACUAAUGACUUGCGCGAUGGUGUUGUACGUUUGUCUAGGAACCACUGCGGGAUACGUUGCUGCUAGAAUAUAUAAAAGUUUUGGUGGAGAAAAAUGGAAGUCCAACGUGUUACUCACAUCUAUGCUUAGUCCUGGGCUUGUGUUCAGUUUAUUCUUCAUAAUGAAUCUGAUAUUUUGGGUGAAUGGAAGCUCGGCUGCAGUACCUUUUAGUACUUUAAUCGCGCUUCUGGCAUUGUGGUUUGGAGUGUCUGUACCAUUAACGUUUAUCGGCGCUUACUUUGGCUUUAAGAAAAGGGCUUUGGAACAUCCAGUACGAACAAAUCAGAUUCCACGGCAAAUACCAGAACAGAAUUUCUAUACGCAACCAAUACCCGGAGUUAUUAUGGGUGGUGUUUUACCAUUCGGUUGCAUAUUUAUACAAUUAUUUUUCAUACUUAAUUCCCUUUGGUCGAGCCAAGUGUACUACAUGUUCGGAUUUCUCUUCUUAGUAUUUCUCAUACUCGUUAUCACAUGUUCUGAAACGACAAUUUUGCUUUGCUAUUUCCAUCUUUGCGCUGAGGAUUAUCACUGGUGGUGGCGCAGUUUUCUCACAUCCGGCUUUACUGCUGUUUAUUUGUUAAUUUAUUGUAUACAUUUCUUCGUCACUAAGUUAGAUAUUGAAGGUGCCACCUCUACGUUCCUGUACUUCGGAUAUACGUUUAUUAUGGUCUACUUAUUCUUCCUUUUGACAGGUUCCAUCGGUUUCUUUGCCUGUUUUUGGUUUGUGCGCAAGAUUUAUAGUGUUGUGAAGGUCGAUUAAAUAAAACUGAUAAUGAAGACAAUGCUUGUAUGAUGAAUGUGGUAUGAUGAGUGAAACUGAGAUCGCAAUGAGAAUGAGCGAUAGUCGAUAUUAUGUAAACCGCGUUAAAAGAAAAAGGAGGAAAAAUCCAUAACGAUAAUGAUGAACAAAUAAUAGCGCAUUUUUCGCGUCGUGAUUGUUGAGAUACAUCGUUGCAAGUAUCGUCAUAAAUGAUAAGUAGUUUAUUUUAAUAACGCGAAAAAGGUUUACAAUUUUCAGAACGCCGAUGUCGAUAUCGUUAUCGACAUUCUUUAAGAAUUAUUUUCUUGAAUAAGCGUCUAACAUACAUCGUGAAUAUUUAUUGAUGUAUGUUUUAGAUGGCUAAAAAUUCGCAUAAUCUUAUUUUAUUUUUUCCUUUGCUCUCAAAAUGUUUGACCUAUGUCGCAAAAGCGUUAUGCGACGUGCAACCGCGAUAUGUUUCGGAUUUAGCAUUUCAGAUUAAAUCUUCGAUGUCUCACAUGAAAUCGAUUCUGGUCAGAUAACUCUUUAUUUAUUCAUAAUAUUCGUUUAUUAUUGUGAAAGAAAUUUUUAAUAAAAACAAAAAUAGAUGUGCGCGCAUAACAACAUAGAAGUACAAUUUGGUUUUUGAUUACGAAAUGCACGUAUUAUCGUGUUUUUUAAAUUAUAAAUUAAAUACAUAAGUAAUAAAAAUGUACAAACUGAGAACUAUAACUUGACUAUUAAAUUUUGUCUCUUCUUUUUCACUGUCUACCAAAUAAAUAACAGCGUAAUCGUGACAUGUUUAACAGUCAAUAUGCACAUAUUCUGUACUCAGAUUUUGUAAAUUAAAGUACCUACAAUGUUAGUGUUGAUAAUGUUAUUAUUGAUACAAAUAAAAUUAUCAAAUUUA